CAGUGCUAAGAAAGUAAUUUCAAAGCUGGCACACUAUGGCCUUUGAAAGGAUAACACAAAAGGACUGGUACAAAAUCCUGGGUGCAAAGCCAUCGGACAGUCCAGCAGAACUAAAACGGAAGUACCAAAAACUUGCUUUGUUAUAUCAUCCAGACAAACAGAAGGCAGAUGUGCCAGCAGGAGAAGUGGAGGAGCGCGUGCAGAGGUUCAUCGAAAUUGAUCAAGCGUGGAAAAUUCUAGGGAAUGAAGAGACAAAAAAAGAGUAUGACCUGCAGCAGCGUGAAGAUAAUCUGACAAAGGAGUGGCCACUACAUGCACAAAUAUGUCUUGAGGAUAUGUCCUGGAACGAAGAUGAACAAUGUUAUACUCUCUCAUGUCGAUGUGGUGGGAAUUACACUGUCUUCAAGAGUGAAACCAAAGACGUAUCUUUGGUUUGUUGUGACACAUGUUCACUUGUUAUUGAGAUCCUUCAAUGAUUAUUUCAAUCAAGCACAUUAAGUGUUACAAAUAAAAAAGACUGGACAGAGUGGACAGCACCU